AUGACGUUGGACGUGGUUUCCAUGGAGCACAGCAAGAGCUUCAUCUUCGCCUUGCAGGAACUUAAGAAUCUGAGGCCUCAACUCUAUUCUGCUGCAGAGUACUGCGAGAAAUCUUAUCUCCAUAGUGAUAAAAAACAAGUGGUGCUUGACAACCUGAAAGAUUAUGCUGUAAGAGCCCUUAUUAAUGCUGUUGAUCAUCUGGGAACAGUGGCUUACAAGUUAACCAACCUUCUUGAGCAGCAAACCUUUGAUGUCUCAACCAUGGACUUGAAGGUGUCUACGUUGAAUCAGAAACUUCUUACAUGUCAUGUUUACACUGAUAAAGAAGGUCUUCGGCAACAGCAGUUGUUGGCAUUCGUUCCCAGACAUCAUAAGCACUACAUUUUGCCAAAUUCUUUCAAUAAAAAGGUACAUUUCAGCUCACACAGACUGACUAAUGCAAGACAAAAUCUAUUCCGAAUCAGAACACGUCUUCCUUCUUCAGGUACCCCUAUUUCAAAAACUCUUUCAUGGCAUUUAGCAUCAGAAACUAAGUCUACCUUAAAAAAACAGACUUCCCGCACUUCAAAAAACCCCAAGGACUCCAAAUUUUCUACCAAAACCUCUGGAGUUUUCCACCUUUUAGAUAGUGAAGAGCGUAAAUGGAUGAAACCCUCAGCACCACAACUUCACUUAACAAAUGGAAUUCCUACUUCUAGAGCUGCCACCCAAAAUUUUGGUGUCACAGGCGAGGAUGCAUUGAAGAGUUCCAAACCAAUGACAAUACUUGGGUCCAUUGAAGAUCAAAAUGGACGUCAGGUUGCCCAAGUUCAUAGUCGCAGUAAAAGUGUGCUAUCUACUUUCUUUAUCAAGCAAAAGGCUUCUAAGUUGAAGGCAGGUUCUGUGUUAUGA